GUUUCUAUAUAGAUUUGGGUCCCCCACCUCACCUCACCUCUCUGCCUCUCCAUUGCGGAAACUGUGCCAGCGUUGACAGCAUCUGUGAAUCGGGAAGGAAAACCCAAACAAGGAUAUGAGAGAGAGAAAAACUCUUUCAUUUUCCCUCACUUUUUGAAGCAGAAAAACUCAACUUUUCUGCCCCUCUCACGUGCACCGUAUCCUUCUCUUUAUCUAUAUUUAUCCUUGUAAAAUUUUAACCCACCCUCCCUCUCUCUCUCUCUCUCUCUCUCAAGUUCUAGAGAAAUGAGAUUUGCUAUACAAGUGAUAGAUUGCAUUAUUGAAAUGCAAUUUUUUCACUGAGUUGGGGUUGUUCAGGUUGCAUUUGGAGAUGAAGUUAUAGCUUAGAUAAUCACUUCAAAGAAAAAUGACCCUAGAAACACUAUCUUCCAAUGAUUUCUUGAAUUUUAUCAUCUAUGACACAGUUUCUGCAACAUCUUAUGGUAGCCAGGACGCUUUAGAAACAAAUCUCUUUUGGGAGAGCAGUUUAAAAUCUCAGGACCAUGGUGGAGCUCUGAGCAGCUGUUCACUAAAGACUCAACAAAGGCGCUCAAGGGAACCAGAAGCUGUUGACUGGAAGCAGAAUUUGGCUGUGCAGGGAAGGAAGAAACGAAGCAGAAAGCCAAGGGUAUGCAAGAACAAAGAAGAAGCUGAGACCCAAAGAAUGACACAUAUUGCUGUUGAGAGGAAUAGGCGAAAACAGAUGAAUGAGUAUCUGGCCAUUCUGAGAUCUCUUAUGCCUGAAUCUUAUGUACAAAGGGGGGACCAGGCCUCCAUAGUAGGUGGUGCCAUAGAGUUUGUUAAAGAGUUAGAGCACCUCUUGCAAUCUCUUGAAGCUCAAAAGAUUCAACUGCUACAUGGGUUGAAAGGAUCCAGUGAAGAUCCCACCAUUAGCCUUGGAACCUAUAACUCCCAGCUUCUACCCCCUUUUGCACAAUUUUUUGUGUAUCCGCAGUACACUUGGUCUCAAAUCCCUAACAAGUAUACAUCCAAAGCCAAAGCAGCAAUAGCUGACAUUGAGGUCACUUUGAUAGAGAGCCAUGCAAGUCUUCGAAUUCUCUCAAGAAAAAGGCCUAGACAGCUCCUCAAGUUAGUUACUGGAUUUCAGACACUUUGCCUUACCAUUCUUCACAUCAAUGUGACUACCAUGGACCUAUUGGUUCUCUACUCAAUCAGUAUCAAGCUUGAAGAAGAAUGCCAACUCACUUCUGUGGAUGACAUAGCAGGAGCAGUCCACCACAUGCUUAGAAUAAUUGAGGAAGAAACUUCCCUAUGUUGAUAAAGCAAUUUAAUGCCCAAAAUGCCCUUUCGUUCGGGAAAAAUCACGAGAGUAACAUCGACUUGUUAAAUUUGUCUGUUGCAAUGAAGUUUCUGAUGUUCUUUUCUGCUGCCACAGUACUCAUGAGCUGUGUUUGGUUCCUCUUGGUUUUAAGUUGUGGACUAGUUUAUAAAGGUGGGACUUAGAAACUCGGAUUUUGCCACGCAACAUGAGAAAUGGGAGGGAGUUUUGAUUUUGUAGCCA